AUGCACUGUGGCAGCUUCACCGGGGCCGCCUUCCCAGGCUGCUACUGGGGCAGCUACGGCUACCCCCUGGGCUACAGCGUGGGCUGCGGCUACGGCAGCACCUAUGCGCCCGUGGGCUACGGCUGCGGCUACGGCUACGGGGGCUGCGGCGGGGCCCUCAGCUACCGGAGGUACUGGCCCUACGGGCUCUACUGA